AUCUAUCUAUCUAUCUAUCUAUCUAUCUAUCUAUCUAUCUAUCUAUCUAAAAUUCUUUCGCUCUCUUCAUCUAAGACACACACCCUUUAUUUCGUCGCUUUUUCCAUUCUACUUUCCCCACCACGCGCGUAGAUGAACGAACAUAUUAUUGUCACAAACAUUGAAGCCCCUACAGCUCAAGACACCACCCAGCAUUUGAGCCAAAGGAAACCCAAGACGACGGUAGAACGACAACAUAAGCUGUGGCAAACAACUCAAGGGCCGCCAUGUCUCCCUUCCAAGUUCCUCGCCAGGCUGCAGACAGUCGCCCAGAUCUACCACCCACACAUCUCUCUCGGACAUUGCUUAUUAAAUGAUCACCCGAGACGUCCCUGACGAGAAGAAGCUGACGGAAUGGCGGAGCAACGGACCACACCUUCCCUGGUGGGAGCGGAGGAGACCCAGGUGGAGAUUGGAAGGGUUAGGAUUGUACCUCAGAGGAGGAGGUUUGUAGAUGGGGAGGAGUCGCGUAGGAAGAGAAGGAGAGUGGGUGGAGAGUGGCGAGGUGAGGUGGGGUUAGGUGAGGGAGAGGAGGUGAUAGUGGUGAGUGAUGAUGAGGACGAGGUUGGUGAGAGAGACGAGGUGAUAGUGGUGAGUGAUGAUGAGGACGAGGUUGGUGAGAGAGACGAGGUGAUAGUGGUGAGUGAUGAUGAGGAGGGGGGGACGGUUGGUGAGGGAGAAGAGGUGGUAGUGGUGAGUGACGGAGAGGAGGUGAGCGAGGCAGAGAAGGUGGUAAGUAAGACGGAGAAAGUGUUUAAGGUAGGGGGAAAGGAGGUAGUGGUGACGAUAGAGAUGGGUAAGUUUGCGGAGGGGGAGGAGGUGAAGGUAGGUAAGAGAGAGGUGGUAGUGGACGUAGAGCUUGUUAAAGGAGAGGGAAAGGUGGUGUUAGAUCUUGAGGUAGAAGUGGAGAAGGGGACAGCAGCGGGACGGAGGCCGGAGGUGGAGGUGUUGGAGGUUGAGGUGCUUAAGGGAGAGGAGGUGGAGGUAGAGAUGCGUUAGGCUUUUAAUGGCUAGGAGGAGGUGUAGGUGGGUUAGGUAGAGGUGUGGGUGGUUAAGGUAGAGAAGGUAGGUUGAGGUGAGAAAAGGGCUAGGAGGUGGUGGAUAUGGGUUAAGGUUUAGGGCUAGGAGGUGGUGGAUGUGGGUUAAGGUUAAGGGAUAGAAGGAGGUAGUUUGGGUUCAAGGUUGAGGGUUAGGGGGGAGAUAGAUAUGGGUUAAGGUUAAGGGCUAGGAGAUGGUGGAUAUGGGUUAAGGUUAAGGGAUAGAAGGAGGUAGUUUGGGUUCAAGGUUGAGGGUUAGGGGGAGAUAGAUAUGGGUUAAGGUUAAGGGCUAGGAAGAGGUGGAUUUUUUUAGGUUACGGGCAAGGAGGAGGUAGAUGUGCAUUAAGGUUAAGGAAUAGGAGGAAGUGGAGGUGGGUUAAAGGCUAGGAAGAGGUUUAGAUGGGUGAGGAAGAGUUGGUGGUGAGCGAGGAAAAAGAGGUCGUUAUCUUUUUCUAU